UGGGCUCCCCUUCCCUUGCUUCAUAGUGGAGGAACUAAAACCACAUCCAGAAACCUUAUGAAUCGCUUAGGAGCAGGGAAACAUAGCAACUGCCUCUCUGGGAAGCUGCACGGACUUCAUGAACCUCUCGGGGCCUUUCCCCGGGCUGCUUCCUGGGGGCUGGCGUGGACGCGGCGGUUGGGAUGGGUCUUUCACCUCUCUGUCUCUGUAGAUACAACCUUUGUUGCACUUCUAGCCUUGCCAGUAACUGGUGAUGGGAGAGAUACUGCAAUGAAAUCUGAUAGGCCAGAGAAGCUUUAAAUCAUCACGCUUCUGCUCUGGCUACCAAAAGCGCAUGCUUUUGCUGGCUUGGUAAGCUAGCCCUAUCCUUUCCUCCGUCCCUCUGAUUGGCUGGGGGAUUUGCUUUUUUUGCUUGUCUGAGAGGCACAGCGCUGUCAGGACAUGUAACAGUUGCUGGCUCCGCUCAUCGGUCAUGUGGGCUGGUGGGGUGAGGAAAUCAUCUGGGGAGGGCUGAUGGCUCAUAGGAACCAAUCUAAAUCCGUGAGGCUGACGCUUCCUGGAAAGAACGGGCAAUUAACGCUUUAGAGUCUGAACUGAAGUAAGCAAACAAUGUCACCAAUGCCAAGCACCCGGAAAUCGAGCCCUGCAAAUAACGUAGUUAUAGAAAAGGAGCAUGCUCAGGAUUUUCUUCCUUUGCCUUCGUGUUUCUGAGCUUAUAGGCUGUACUCAAGUCAUGUAUUUCAAGCUUCCUUGUACAAUCAAAGGAUUCUGUUUCACAAGACUGGGAUCCGGGGCUUUGAGACAAUGAUCACUCAGGAUUAAGUUAGAAGAGCUGGCAACACAAGAGGCUGGAUAUGGGAGGGGUGAUAAUGGGUUAUCUGAUACGUAGGCAGGAAUCAAAAUGGCAAGAGAAUUUAUUAAAACAGCUGGAAAUAAGAGUACUGAAAACAACCAUUGUAAGGCAUUGCCAGAGGCAACAGGGAAGAAAUACGCAACUGGGGAAAGCAAAAACAAUUUUGCUAUUGAGGAAGCCAGAAUGUUGAACAAAUGGACAUUAUUUGCAGCGUGGAAGAUUGUCCAACUGAAUGAGAAAGAUGCCUGCUCCUACAUCACACCUUUGGAAUUACAUCCCAGAAGAAAUCCUUAUCCAUAUAUUUUACUACCUGUCUCUUCGAGACAGAUACACAGCAUUCCAAGUGUGCAGACACUGGGCUGCAGCAGUUACUACUAGUUCAGUGUGGCAUUUCACGGAGAUCAGUUGUGAUUCAGAGGAUGAGGAGAGCAUGCUGCAGAGUUUACACCAGUUCCUAAGCCAAAUCAAACACCUGAAGAUUGUAUUUGACCAGUCCAAGGAGAUUAACCGGAAGAACGUCACUCACAUCCUAGACAUGUUGGCUAUGCAGAACCACAAAUUGCAGAAGCUGUGUAUUAUGUGCCAAGGAGAGAACCCUUACUUCUACUCUGGCCAAGACAUCCUACAGAGCAUACGGAAUAUAUGUCAAAGUGAGAACCACAUAGACCUUCAGCACAUUGAUUUUCGGAGAAUGCCAUUCACCCUUGAUGAUGGGCUUGUUGGACUCAUAGCUGCCAGCAGUCCAAACUUGCACAGUUUGUUCAUCAACAACCGGACACUGGUUUGCAACGUUAAGCCAGAAACCAUUAUAGAGGUUCUGAGAAUGUGUCCUAAAUUGUCUACCUUAGGAGUCUACUAUGCCAGUCUGUCUGAUGAUGUCUUUCUGGAAUUGAUCAAGCCAAACAGAGGGCCUUUCACAGGCUUAGAUAUUUUCUGUGAACGUCUGGACAAAUACAUCCCAGUCAUUUCUGAAGAGCUUUGGGCUGCUGUCACCCAGAAGCAUCCUCACCUCUGUGUAGACCUGGAGUUUGACCAUACAGUUCCUGCCUGGAAGAUACCACGAAUCCUAAAACCAAAUAUACCUGUGGACACUUUACAACUUAAUACUUUCACUUAUAUGGUGAACCAGGUUAGAUUUGUCACCAACAGUUACAGCACCAUGUUGAAAAGACUGGUGCUCCACACUACUCCUUCAGAGGACUUGAAUGCCUCACUAAUCGACCUGGCAAAGAAAUGUGCCAAUCUGAUAGAGAUUCAUUGUUACUGUGUGGUGAGUCAGGACGUGGUAGGUGCCUUUCUUGAGCACUGUCCCAAUCUUAAAGGAUAUACACUCAAGAUUACCAAAGAACAACAUCCUUGGAAACCAGUAGUAGUUCAGUGAUUUCCUCAUCCUAACUUAUGGAUUUCAUGGACGCACAGAUUCACGGUGAAUGGAGUUUGAAUUUUUAGGGACCUUUCCUCAAAACCCAUACCCCAGUCUUUUCACUAGCUCUGCACAAGCACAGAUGUACACAGACACCUUCUCUCUUCAGCCCUAGCCAUCCUUCUGUAAAAAGUACAGAGUUUGCAACUUUGCUCCAGAAAUGGAGGUUUUAGACUUGGAAGUAACAUGCAAAAGAUUAAAGGAAUUGGAAUGUGUCUUUUUUGUUUGUUCCUGAGAUAAUAUGGAGGUUCAUUUUUCUGUUCCUUUAUUUAAGUUAGCAAUAUCAGGAAUGUUAACUUUGCACUUUUUUUUCCUUGAGGACCUCAGGACUGUGUAUUGUUAUUAAUUUAAAUUUUACAGUGUGGUAGCACCCAGGCCAGCCCUUGAAGCCAUAUUCUAUUGGGUGCUAUUGUAGCUCCUUAAAUGAAGGGGAAGGAAUUGGUUAUCUUUAACAAAGCCUUUCAUUAGCUAGAAUGCCCAUAUUUCAUUGUGACAAACUAUAGGAUUUAUUGUAUUACAAUAUUUCUGUUUUAAAUGUGUUCAUGUUAUCAUGUUGUGUGCCUCAGUUUACCCAUGAACCUAGUAUAUGGUAAAGGAAUGGGUUAAGAGGCAGUGAAGCAAGAGAUCUAUUUACAGUGUGGGACAAGACCAGACAGACCUCUAGCAUCAAGAGAGACUUGAAUAGAUUUGUUGUGCCAAGCUCUGAAAAGUGGAGGAGGAAGGAGAGUGGUCUUACUCUAUGCUGUCCCCAUACCCUGCUCCUACAGCUGGGCAGCGUAGGGCCAUUUCUGCCAUAGCACUGACUGGGAAUGGCUGGGAAAAGCAUUUUUCUGUGCCCUCUAAGUCAGCAACUAGAGUGACUGCCUUGCUUUCCUGCCCCACUCCCCCUGCCAGUUGUGCUACUGUUUACCUGUACGUUUGUCCAUACCCUUAUUCUUGGAAGUGGUGUCCCACUGAAGCCAGCAAAACAACUUGUGUGAUCCAACAUAAGUCAGGGCUCCAGAGCUUGGCUCGAACAAAUACAUCUGUGCAUAACCCACUCCCAACAACAACUCAUCCUCUGACAACAUUCAAGAAAAUAUCAAUGCCAAAAAACCCCCAAAAAAUCAGAUUGGACACCUCGCAGUGGACAAAACCCUAACCUUGACCGCUACAUUGACUACUUCAGGGAAAGAAUGAACAAUGAAAUAAUCAGCAACACGCGCCACCACAACAACCUCUCUCUACCAGAGAAAAAGGCCAUAGAAUCUCUAAGAUCUAACCACCAAAUAGUAAUAAAACCAGCAGAUAAAGGAGGAGCCAUAGUCAUCCUAAACCAUGAGGAUUACAUAAAGGAAGCCAACAGACAGCUCUCUGACACCACCUACUACAAAGAACUACAAGAAGAUCCUACUCCCUUUUUCACCAAAAAAUUCAACAAUACCAUCAAAUCAUUUCCACCAAGAUUACAAGAAAAACUACAGACCUUGAUCCCCCCGCUACCUAACCCAGGGACUUGUUACAUGCUCCCUAAAAUCCACAAACAAGGGAACCCUGGCAGACCUAUCAUAUCCAACCAUGGGACCCUAACUGAGGAAAUAUUAGGUUUUGUUGAAUCCAUCCUAAAACCGCUUGUCACCCACAGAGCAAGUUUUGUCCAAGACACCACAGACUUGCUACGGAAACUUAAAAACAUAGACCACCUUCCCAGCAACACACUCCUAGCCACCAUGGACGUUACCAGCCUAUAUACCAACAUCCCACACCAGGAUGGCAUCCAUGCCUGCCUUACAUAUCUACAGGAACAAGAUUACAACUCAGAAUACAGACCCAAAGAUAUCACUGAGCUUAUACACUUCAUCCUCACACGCAACAAUUUCACUUUUAAUAAUCAACACUUCCUCCAGAUGAUGGGAACAGCUAUGGGCACUAAAAUGGCCCCACAGUAUGCCAACCUUUUUAUGAGCCACCUGGAAGAAGACUUCCUCAAGAACUGCACCAUCAAACCCUUGCUGUACUUACAAUAUAUCGAUGACAUCUUCAUCAUUUGGAGUGAGAACCUGGAAUCUCUAAUUGAGUUCCACCAGAAAUUCAACAGGCACCAUCCCUCCAUCCGACUUUCUUUAGAAUACUCCAGCACCAACAUCCCCUUUUUAGACACAAGGAUCAGUAUCCAGAAGGGUAAAAUACAGACCACAGUAUACAAGAAACCCACAGACCAACAUACAUAUCUGCACAGAACCAGCAAUCACCUGAAACACACCAAAAAAGCUGUGUUAUACAGCCAAGCCCUCAGAUACCACCGCAUUUGUGCUGAAGAAAACACCCAGGAUUGCCACCUCACCAAUCUUAAAAAGGCUUUCACCCAGCAAGGACACUCCUCCAGAGAGGUAGAUCGCACAUUUGAAAGAGCCACCUGGAUACCACUUGAAGAACUGCUGCAGUACAGAAAAAAAUCCCCCACAAAUCGAACACUGCUGGUUAUGAAGUAUCACCCAUCCCUUGAACCUGUACGGAAAAUCCUCAAAAAAUUGCAACCCAUAUUAGAAAAAGACCCUAUUCUUAAAAAGAUCUUCCCAGAGCCACCCAUCCUAGCCUUCAGACAAGCACCGAACCUCGCCAACCUCAUCACCAGAAGCAAACUUCCUCAACCCCAGAACACACCAAAAGGAUCCAGACUGUGCCAUGACAAGAAAUGCAAAACCUGCCCCCACAUCUCCACCACCUCCACUAUUACUAUUACUAUUACACUAUUACACUAUUACUCCACAACAGAGCCAUCAGCAUCCCAGGAUCUUACAGCUGCACCUCCAGGAAUGUAGUAUGCCUCAUCCAAUGCACCAAAUGCCCUGAUGGAAGAUAUGUAGGAGAGACCAGACAACAAGUGUGCACCAGAAUGAACGCACACCGGAAAUCCAUCAAAGGCAGAAACACCCAAUUACCGGUGGGGGCACAUUUCUCACAGGAAGGCCACUCUCUCUCCAAUCUCUCAGUCCUGAUCCUCAAGGGAAACUUACACAACACAUCCCAGAGACGAGCCUAUGAGCUCCAUUUCAUCAACCUGCUGGAUACUAGAGAUCAGGGACUAAACAUAGACAUUGGAUUUUUGAUACAUUACAAUCUGCCUGGCAACUGACUCCCCAACCCAGCCCCUGGCUUCUUUACUUUUCAUUCCAUCCAGGAAGAGCACACAGCAACUGCUGCAGCGUCCUUAGCCUGACGAAGGGUUUUUGAACCCAAAAGCUUGCUUAAUAACUAUUCUCCAACCAUUUGGGUUGGUCUAAUAAAAGAUAUCAAAUUCA